AUGGCAGCAACUAUGCAACGCUCCGCCCGCUCGCUGAGCAGCGGUCACAACGUGCUGAGCCACAACAGCGGCAAGUCCAACGCCCAACGGGAUCUGCACUAUGAGCUCAACACCGGAGCAGGCAGCAGCAGCAGCAGCGGCAGCGUUGGCGUUGGCGUUGGCGCUGGCAUCGAAUGCCCAAGCUUUGAUGAUAGCUCCGCCUGUCCCUGCUACAAGUUUGAAGAUGGACUAUUUCUCGAGUGUCCUGGCACGACGGCGCUGUCGCUGCGCUCGACGCUUGAGCGCGUCUCGGCGCCGAUACACUCGCUCUCCAUUUAUGACUUUGAUCGCUCGGUGACUUCGCUCUCCCAGGACGUGAUCCAGCCGGGUGUGCAGAUUCGCCACUUGCAGUUCUCGCACUCGCAUCUGGAGGCGUUGAAGGAAAACAGUUUACGCAAUGUGCGCGGCAGUCUCGAGUCGCUCAGCAUUGUCAAUGGCAAAUUAACGCAGCUGCCAUCGCGUGCGCUUAGCGCGUUGCAAAAGCUAAACGCACUUGACUUUGACUACAAUGAGAUUGUGCGCAUCGAUGACUACAGUUUCUAUGGCCUGCGCGUGUCCAAGCUGAAUAUGAAGGGCAAUCGAUUGCAGAGCAUACCGGAGCAUGCGUUCGCUGGAUUGGAGGAGUGCAUGAGCGAGAUAGAUGUAUCGGAGAAUGCGCUGCGCACUUUUCCGAUACUGGCAUUGCGAAAAUUGGCACAUUUGCGUUAUUUGCGUUUAUCGAACAAUAAGAUUGCAACUUUCUUUGGCGACAUGCAGUACAAUGUGGCGCCAAAUGCAACUGCAGCAGCAGCCGCAGCAGCGCUGGCAGUGCAGCUGCCGUCGCUGGUGCUGCUCGAUUUGAGCUCGAAUCUGUAUGUGGAAAUAUUGGACGACAGUUUUCGCGCAUUUCCACAGCUCAAGACGCUUUCAUUUUAUGCCAAUCAGUUGGAGCUAAUAGGCGCUGAGGCAUUCAAGAGUCUCAAAGAGUUAAUGUCGCUGGAUAUGUCGCACAAUCGGAUUAUAGCGCUGGAUGCGAAGCUGUUUGAGCAUAACAAGCGCUUGCAAACAAUCGAUUUGAGUCACAAUCAUAUACACGCUAUAGCUGGCGUAUUUGCCAAUUUGCCGCAGCUGCGUGAGGUGUUUCUAUCGGAGAAUAAUAUACUGGAGCUGCCAGCGGAUGCGUUCACCAACUCGAGUCAGGUGCAUGUGAUUUAUCUAGAGUCCAAUGGCAUAGCGCACAUCGAUCCGAAUGUAUUUAGCAGUCUGGUCAACCUGGAUCAUCUUUAUUUGCGCGCCAAUUUCAUACCGCAGCUGCCAGUGACGCUUUUCGAUAAAUGCGGCAAGUUGUCAUCGCUAUCGCUGGACAAUAAUGAAAUACAGGAUUUGGAAAUUGGCAUGUUCCGCAAGCUGGAGCAGCUGCGUGAGGUGCGGCUGCAUAACAAUCGCAUUAGGCGUGUGCGCAAGGGCGUGUUCGAGCCGCUGCCGGCGCUGCAGGAGCUGCAUAUACAAAAGAACAACAUUGAGGAUAUCGAGCCGGGCGCAUUUCAAACGCUGCUCAGUCUGCAGCACAUCAAUCUGCAGGACAAUCAGCUGACAGUGCUGGAGGACAUACUGCCGCAGUCGGGCUCGGCCAUGAUCUCGCUGCAGCUGGAGGCAAACUAUUUGCAUAGCAUCCAUGCGCGCAGCUUCUAUCAGCAGCAGCAUAUGCAGAUUAUGUGGCUGCGUGAGAAUCAGCUGAGCAAGCUGGAGCGUCACUUCUUUGCGGACACGCCGCAGCUGCAGCGUCUGGAUGUGGCACAGAAUCGCAUACGCGACAUUGAGCCGCUGACAUUUGCUAAUCUACAGCAGCUCAAGUAUUUGGAUUUGAGCUGCAAUCAGCUGCGUCUGCUGCGACGCGACUACUUUGUGAGUCUGGCCAAGCUGGAGGAGCUGUCACUGGCACACAAUGCCAUCGAUGCUAUUGAGGGCUACGCGUUUAGUCAGCUAAAGCAGCUGCGCACGCUCGAUCUGUCGCAUAAUCCGCUGCUGCAGCUAACGCGCGACAUCUUUUUGGAUGAGCUGCCGCUGAGCGUUUUGAAUUUGGCCAACACUACGCUGCGCAAGCUGGAGCAGCACAGCUUCAAGUCGCUGCAGAAUCUGCAGGAGCUGAAUCUGGCGCGCAAUCAGCUGAACGCCGCCGACAUACAAAAGUUGGAUGUGCCCAGUUUGCGGCGUCUGGUGCUGUCGCAUAACAACUUCAGUCACAUUGGAACGGGCGGCAUUAUGAGCGGCAUGUUCGACAAGCUGCGCUCGCUGCAGCAGCUCUCCAUGGAUAACUGCAGUCUGAGCAGCAUUCCGGAGCAGCUCUUCAGCAAGAACACGAAUCUGGUGCGCAUCGAUUUGUGCAACAAUCAGCUGCAGCAAAUGAAUCGCAACAUUUUCAGCGGCCUCAAUGUGUUCAAGGAGCUGCGUCUGUGUCGCAAUCAGCUGCUCGAGUUUCCACACAUUGCGCUAAACAAUUUGAGCUCGUUGGAAAUUCUGGACUUGUCACGCAAUCAGCUCAACUCCAUUGAUUUCUUCAAAUUAAGCGGCGCUGCCAAUUUGCGUCAAUUGCUGCUGCGUGAGAAUAAAAUCAGCAGCUUGAGCGGCUUCAAUGCUGUCAACUUAACACAACUGGAUGUGGUCGAUUUGAGUGGCAAUCUGCUGCUCUCGCUGCCCGCCAACUUUAUGCGUCACUCCAUCAAUCUGCAGCGCGUCGAUCUCUCCAGCAAUCGCUUCCUGCAGCUGCCCAGCUCUGCGCUGUCCGAUGUUUCGCUGCCGCGUCUCGCUUGGCUCAAUCUCACCGGCAAUCCCAUUAACAAAAUCUACACCGUCAAGGAGGAGCGUUAUCUGCAUCUCAAGGAGCUCUACAUUUGCCAAACGAAUCUCUCCAUACUCACCUCCAAGGACUUUGAGGCUUUCCAGCCGCUGCAGCAUUUGCAUUUGAUCAACAAUCGCAUUACGCGCAUUUCCCCAGGCGCCUUCAAAUCCUUGACCAACUUGCUCACCCUCGAUCUGAGCAUCAAUGAGCUGGAAAUGCUGCCCAAGGAGCGUCUGCAGGGUCUGCGCCUGCUGCGUGUGCUCAACAUUUCCCACAAUACGCUCAAGGAUUUGGAUGAAUUCAGUGCCGAUUUGGCUCAACUGCAAACUCUCGAUCUCAGCUUCAAUCAAUUGGAUCGCAUCUCCAAGAAAACCUUUCGCCAUCUCGAUGGACUGCUCGAGCUGCUGCUCAUGGGCAAUCGCAUGACCGCCUUGUCCAACGACGCCUUCCGCUAUCUCCGCAAGCUGCAGCUGCUCGAUCUGCGCAAGAACUACUUUGAGCUGGUGCCGCUCGAGCCGCUCAAGCCGCUCGAAACUAAUCUGCGCACUCUCAAGCUGCAGGAGAAUCCACUGCAUUGCAGUUGCGAUGCACAGAAGCUUUGGGAAUGGCUGCGGGAUCAUCGUAAAUGGUCGCUGCUGCUGCCAACGACGGGCACAGCGAUGGCGUCGGCGUCAGCGACGUCGACGUCGACUGCGGGCGCUGGCGAUAACAUUAAUUAUCUGAGGUGCGAACAUCCGACGGAGCUGCGGGGCAAAGUGUUUGGCCGCAUGGAGCCGCAGCAAUUUUGCGAUGCACCAUUAAUACCCAAAAUGGCCAUACAGGACAUACAGCCCUAUUCGGUGGUCGUCUCCUGGCAGAGUCGCGACCAUUUGGGCCUCACUGGCUUUGAAAUUGUCUAUCAUGCGCUUGUUGGCGGCGAUGCACUCGCUCCGGCCGAGCGUGACGACUCCAAACUGCUCGAUGCUCAACGCAAUGGCCUCGACCCGGACAGCGAUGUGGAUAGGGAUAUGGAUAUGGAUAUGGCUAGGGAUAAGGAUGUGGCUGCUGCUGUCGAAAGGGAGCGACAGCGCGAAAAGGAGCAGCAGCUUUACUAUGAGCGCGAACCAGAGCGCGACAGAUUCGGAACUGGCGGCGACAAGGAGCGUCUAGCUCAAUUUGCUGCAGCUGCUACGGAUGAGAUACACGGGAAGCGCUUGAACGGCACUGCGAGCUCCACGAAGUUGACCAAAUUGAGACCCAACACGCGCUAUCACAUCUGCGUCAUCGGUGCGGGUAAUUGGCUAACGGAGCCGCUGGCAAAUGCGCUGCAGCGUCUGCACAGCAGUGGCAACGAUUCGAUGGCGCGGGAUGAGUACGCAGUGGGUUUGGAUGUGCCAAUGGCGGAGCCAUAUUCACCAUAUCAGCAUCAGCAUCAGCAUCCCCAGGAGGAGCAGCUGGCGCCACUGCUAAUGGAGAACAAUGUGGUUAAUGACAAGGCGCUGAGCGAGGUGCUAAAGAAUUCGCCCAUCUCGGCGUGCACCGAUGUGCAGACGCUCGACUCGACGCCCAGUCUGAUAACCGAUGAGAACGGACUGUCCAGCAACGGAUUCAUACACUCGAUACUGACGCGCCGCUUGGGUUUGAUUGUGGGCUGCUGUCUGGGCAUUGUGGUGUUCAUUGUGAUGAUCUCGGUGCUGAGCUAUGUGAAGCUGAAGAAGCAGCGCAUCGAGAACGCCAAGCGCCAGGCAGCGCUGCCCCCAGAGUACAUCAGCUAUCGCCACUUUAGCAUACCCAAUGAGGAGCUCACACGCACAGCCGCGAAUCUGAGCAGCAUCACUGGCGCCGGCGUUGUGCCCUCGAGCAGCAGCAGCAGCUCCAACAUGCCGGGCGGCAUUAGCGCGCACAUAAGCGGCACCAGUUUGGCCACUGGCGGCACCAGCAGCACCAGCGUCACCACGCCCAUAGCCAAGUCCGGGAGUCGCAGUCCCAUUGCCAACGCGGAUGUUGCCGCCCCCAAUGAGCAGGUGCUGCCCAUAGCUGCGCCACGCAUUAAUAAUGGCUACAUGGCCGCCGGCGUGGUGCUCAAUACGAAUCAUCUGAGUGUAUGCUAAAUACACUGCAAGAAAAUCAAGCAAACGUUGGCCCAAACAUUUGCAUUUAAUUUAUAUUAACGAUAUGAAUGUUAAAUUAGGUUAGUGAUAUUAACUUGGCAGCGUUUUAGUUAUGACAAAAAGUGACAAAAUUACGCGCAGUGUAAUUUUGCAUAAUAGUGUAAAUAGCCAUACACUUGGAAUAUUAUAAAAUAUAAACAAAACGUUUUUGUUAGUAUCUAAGCUAAGCACUUGCAACAACAAUUUAAUACAUAAAUGUAACACACACACACACAU